GCUGUCAGUGUCCUAAAGUCUAUUGGAUCAUCAAUCGAUUCGUUUUAUCUGGAUAAAUUCAUUCACUAAUGUAACUCCUAAGGCAUUACACAAAUUGAAAUAAACGAUACAUAAACGUCUAAGAUAACAAACAAUCAAUAAUGAUAAACACUUGAGUUACAUACACACGCACACAUAUGUUGCCCUUAAUUUGCUAUUUGUACAGAAUUGGCUCACCUAUCAGCCUACACGUUUGCUGACACUUUGCACACACUUCAUAGAACAAGUGAGAUUUAGGGUGUGUGCUGAGACUAUUGCUGUCCUAUGGAAUAGAUAUCUGAAUGACUGAAUUAUUGAAUUAUUAAUCACGACGAACGUGUUCUGUUUCACAAAAAUGAAAACUUUGUUAAAUACUACGAAUAAAAUGCAAUCAAUUCGUUUUGUAGUGUACUCAAUACUCCACGUGAUCAUUUUGUACGUUCUCGUUUAUUCUGUUAGUGACGAAAACGUUCGUGCUGAAAGUCUCUUUCAUCAGGUAUAUUACAAGGAUGGCGUGUGCAAGCAGAUCGACGCUGCUAUUCGAGAAAUUUGUUCAGUAGAUGUCCCGCCGAAAUUUGAUACUGAAAACGACAACAUUUUGGUACCUUUAGGUCACCGACUAUACGAAAAUGAACUCCUGAAUGUUGGCAACAUUCAGUGAACGCCUACCUGUGUCAAGUAGAAUAUCUCAUGAUGCUCCGAUCGUAAUCAUGUUAAGAAGUCGACUUUCUGAAAUAAAUUCCGCUUAAUCUCA